AUGUCCAAGCCAGUCCUAAUCUUCGCCCCGGGCGCAUGGUACCCGCCAACCGUGUUUGACCCGCUGAUCUCAAAACUGGACGAUUACGAAUGCCACACCGUCGCAUUCCCAUCAAUCCAACAACCUGCCUCAGUGCAAGAUCUCCAGCUCGAUAUCGCCGCGGUGCGUGCGCUGGUGGAGACUGCCGCCGAAGCUGGAAAGGAUGUGUUUGUUGUCUCUCACAGCUGGUCUGGGUUGCCGGUCAACAGUGCCCUUGAUGGACUGGCAAAGUAUGAGCGCGAAUUGUCAGGGAAGAAAGGCGGCGUUGUGAGAUUGAUUUUCAUCGCGGCUUUUAUUCCUGCGUUUGGCGAGAGUCUCAUUGGGGCUUUUGGCGGGUCGCCGCCGCCGUGGUAUGUUCGGGAUGAAGCAAAUGAAACCGUCAUGCCCAGUGACCCCCACCCACUCUUCUUCCACGAUGUACCCGAUGGCGCGGAAUGGGCCAAGACGCUGCGUCCGCAUGCGUGGGUGACGAAGAAUAGUCCCGCAACUGGUGCGGCUUAUCUGGAGUUGCCCGCUUCUUAUCUGCUCUGUGAAGAUGACCAGGCUAUCCCCCUUCCUGUGCAGCAGGUGAUGGUUGACCGGGCCCAGCGGAAGGGUGCCCAGAUUAAAACGCAGAAGAUCAAGGCAGCGCAUUCGCCCUGGCUUUCGCGGGCGGAUGAGGUGGCUGAGUUUCUUCGGAGACAGACGGCUGAGGAUGAGUAG